AUGGCUCCAGCAAGGAAGAAGGUCCAGCCCAUUGAAGCACCAGGCGCGGCGCGGACAGCUCCCGGCGCGGCGCGUUCAGCACCCCGCGGGGCGUGGACAGCGCCGGCGCUCCGGGGCCGCGGGGCCGGGGCCGGGGCCGGGGCCCGGGCGCGGCGCGCAGCCAACCGGCACCCGCAGUUCCCGCACUACAACUACCAGGUGCAGGUGGCCGAGAACCAGCCCCCGGGGACGCCGGUGCUGGCGGCGGCGGCGGCGGACCCGGACGCGGGCGAGGCGGGGCGCCUGGCCUACUCGCUGGCCGCGCUGAUGAACAGCCGCUCGCUGGAGCUGUUCCGCAUCGACCCGCGCAGCGGGCUCAUCGCCACCACGCGGGCGCUGGACCGGGAGAGCAUGGCCCUGCACUACCUGCGCGUCACGGCCACGGACCACGGCACGCCGCGCCUCUCGGCCACCGCCAUGGUGGCCGUGGCGGUGGCAGACCGCAACGACCACGACCCCGUGUUCGAGCAGGGCGAGUACCGCGAGACCAUCCGGGAGAACGUGGAGGAGGGCUACCCUAUCCUGCAGCUGCGGGCCACAGACGCGGACUCGCCACCCAACGCCAACAUCCGCUACCGCUUCGUGGACGAGCGCGCCGCCCAUGCUGUCUUCGAGAUCGACCCCCGCUCUGGGCUCAUCACCACCAGCGGCCCGGUGGACAGGGAGAUGAUGGAGAAGUACGCGCUGGUGGUGGAGGCCAGCGACCAGGGGAAGGAGCCUGGCCCCCGGUCAGCCACGGUGAAGGUCUACAUCACCGUCCUGGAUGAGAACGACAAUGUCCCGCAGUUCAGCGAGAAGCGCUACAUUGUCCAGGUGCGGGAGGACGUACGGCCCCACACAGAGAUCCUGAGAGUGACGGCCACUGACUUGGACAAGGACAACAACGCGCUGGUUCACUACAACAUCAUCAGUGGCAAUAGCAGGGGCCAGUUCUCCAUUGACAGCGUGACCGGGGAAAUACAGGUGGUGGCGCCUCUGGAUUUCGAGGUGGAACGUGAGUACGCCCUGAGGAUCCGUGCCCAGGAUGCAGGGCGCCCUCCCUUGUCUAACAACACAGGCAUGGUCAGCAUCCAAGUGGUGGACAUUAAUGACCAUGCCCCAAUCUUUGUCAGCACCCCAUUUCAAAUCUCUGUGCUGGAAAAUGCCCCCCUGGGCCAUUCUGUGAUCCACAUCCAGGCAGUGGACGCAGAUUAUGGGGAAAACUCUCGCCUGGAAUACAAACUGACGGGGGUCUCAGCCGAUACCCCCUUUGUGGUGAACAGCGCCACUGGAUGGAUCACAGUGAGUGGCCCGCUGGACCGAGAGUCAGUGGAACAUUACUUUUUUGGGGUGGAGGCUCGGGACCACGGUUCUCCAUCCUUAUCUGCCUCUGCCAGUGUCACCAUCACAGUCAUGGACGUGAAUGACAAUCGCCCUGAGUUCACCCAGAAGGAGUAUUUCAUCCGUCUGAAUGAAGAUGCCGCGGUGGGGACCAGUGUUCUCAGUGUCACUGCAAUUGACCGGGAUGUGAACAGUGCCAUCAGCUACCAGAUAACUGGGGGGAACCCACGCAACCGCUUCUCCAUCAGCACUCAGGGCGGUGUGGGACUGAUCACCCUCUCUCUGCCCCUGGACUAUAAGCAGGACAGGAGCUAUGUGCUUGCGGUGACUGCCUCUGACCGGACCCUGCAUGACAUCUGCCACGUCCAUAUCAACAUCACAGAUGCCAACACCCAUCGGCCAGUGUUCCAGAGCGCCCACUAUUCGGUGAGUGUCAAUGAGGACCGUCCAGUGGGCAGCACAAUAGUAGUGAUCAGUGCUACUGAUGAUGAUGUGGGGGAAAAUGCCAGGAUCACUUAUUACCUAGAGGACAACAUUCCUCAGUUUCGCAUUGAUCCAGACUCAGGGGCCAUCACCUUGCAGGCAGAGCUGGACUAUGAAGACCAGGUGACCUACACUUUGGCCAUCACUGCCAAGGAUAAUGGCAUUCCUCAGAAAGCGGACACCACCUAUGUAGAAAUCAUGGUGAAUGAUGUAAAUGAUAAUGCCCCCCAGUUUGUCAGUGCUCACUAUCAAGGCAUCAUCUCUGAGGAUGCCACGCCAUUCACCAGUGUGCUCCAGAUCUCUGCCACUGACCGGGAUGCUCAUACCAACGGGCGGGUACAAUACACCUUCCAGAAUGGUGAGGAUGGAGAUGGGGAUUUCACCAUAGAGCCCACCUCUGGGAUUAUCCGCACCGUCCGCAGGCUGGACCGGGAGAGCGUUCCUGUCUAUGAGUUGACUGCCUAUGCUGUGGACAGGGGGGUGCCUCCUCAGAGAACCCCAGUUCACAUACAAGUCACUGUUCAGGAUGUGAAUGACAAUGCUCCUGUUUUCCCAGCUGAAGAAUUUGAAGUCUUGGUGAAGGAGAACAGCAUUGUAGGCUCUGUAGUAGCCCAGAUCACAGCUGUUGACCCAGAUGAAGGGCCCAAUGCCCAAAUUAUGUAUCAGAUUGUGGAAGGCAACAUCCCCGAGAUCUUCCAGAUGGACAUCUUUUCUGGGGAGCUCACUGCCUUGAUUGACCUGGAUUAUGAGACAAAGCCUGAGUAUGUAAUUGUGGUCCAGGCCACAUCAGCUCCUUUGGUCAGCAGAGCCAUGGUCCACAUCAAACUCAUUGACCAAAAUGACAAUAGUCCUGUCCUUAAGAAUUUCCAGAUACUCUUCAAUAACUAUGUCUCCAACAAGUCCAACACCUUCCCUUCUGGUGUGAUAGGGAAGAUCCCUGCCUAUGAUCCAGAUGUGUCUGACAGGCUUUUCUACACCUUUGAACGGGGAAAUGAACUGCACUUGUUGAUUGUAAAUCAGUCAAGCGGUGAGCUGAGGCUGAGCCGAAAGCUGGACAACAACCGUCCCCUGGUGGCCUCCAUGCUGGUGACUGUGACAGAUGGGAUCCACAGCGUGACAGCCCAGUGCGUCCUGCGCGUCAUCAUCAUCACAGAGGACAUGCUGGCCAACAGCAUCACGGUGCGCCUGGAGAACAUGUGGCAGGAGCGCUUCCUGUCCCCGCUGCUCACCAGCUUCCUGGAGGGGGUGGCCACCGUGCUGGCCACGCCCAAGGAGGACGUCUUCAUCUUCAACAUCCAGAAUGACACGGACGUGGGGGGGGCUGUGCUCAAUGUCAGCUUCUCGGCGCUGGCGCCCCGCGGCCGGCACUUCUUCAGCUCCGAGGAGCUGCAGGAGCAGCUGUACAUGAAGCGCAUGGCACUGACAGCAGCCUCCAUGCUGGAGGUGCUGCCCUUUGAUGACAAUGUCUGCCUGCGGGAGCCCUGCCAGAACUACAUGAAGUGCAUCUCCGUGCUCAAGUUCGACAGCUCGGCCCCCUUCAUUGCCUCCCCAUCCACCCUCUUCCGGCCCAUCCACCCCAUCACAGGCCUGCGCUGCCGCUGCCCCCAGGGCUUCACCGGGGACUACUGUGAAACUGAGAUCAACCUGUGCUACUCCAACCCCUGCCUCAACGGUGGUGUCUGUACCCGCAAGGAGGGCGGCUACACCUGCAUCUGCCGCCAGCACUUCACAGGUGACAACUGCGAAGUGGACAGUCGCUCAGGGCACUGCAUCCCAGGUGUGUGCCGCAACGGAGGCACCUGCACCAACUCUGCUGAUGGCGGCUUCCAGUGCCAGUGCCCUUCGGGGGGCUUCGAGAAGCCCUACUGCGAGGUGACCACCCGUGCCUUCCCGCCCAAGUCUUUCGUCAUGUUCCGGGGGCUGCGCCAGAGGUUCCACCUCACCCUGUCCCUCUCGUUUGCCACCCAGGAGCGCAGCGGCCUCCUGCUCUACAAUGGGCGCCUGAAUGAGAAGCAUGACUUCCUGGCGGUGGAGAUCAUCGAUGGGCAGGUGCAGCUGAAAUAUUCCACAGGAGAGUCCAGCACCUUGGUGGCCCCGUAUGUUCCAGGGGGUGUGAGCGAUGGGCAGUGGCACACGGUGCAGCUCCUCUACUACAACAAGCCCAAGCUUGGCUCGCUGGGAGUGGUCCAGGGCCCCUCCAAGGACAAGGUGGCCAUCCUGACAGUGGAUGAGUGUGACACAUCGGUAGCAUUGCAGUUUGGCAGCGAGAUUGGAAACUAUUCCUGUGCGGCGGAGGGGGUGCAGACCAGCUCCAAGAAGUCCCUGGACCUCACUGGGCCCCUGCUCCUUGGAGGGGUGCCCAAUCUGCCUGAAAACUUCCCUGUGACACACAGAGAUUUUGUGGGGUGCAUGAGGGACCUGUACAUCGACAGCAGACGUGUUGACCUGGCUUCCUACAUUGCAAACAAUGGAACCUCUACAGGUUGCCAUGCCAAGCACACCUUCUGCGACUCCAACCCCUGCAAAAAUGGCGGCACCUGCUCAGUGGGCUGGGGGACCUUCUUCUGCAAGUGCCCGGUGGGCUUCGGGGGCAAGGACUGCCGGCAGGCCAUGCCCCACGCUCACUAUUUCCAUGGUAACGGCCUCCUGUCCUGGGAGUUUAAGAGUGAGGUGAAGAUCUCGGUGCCGUGGUACGUGGGACUGGCGUUCCGCACCCGCCAGCUGGAUGGGGUGCUGCUGCAGGCACACGCUGGCCAAUACACCACCCUUCUCUGCCAGCUGGAUGCAGGCCUGCUCUCCCUUGUGGUGAACAGGGGUGCUGGCCGCACCACCAAGCUGCUUCUGGACCAGCUGCACCUGAGUGAUGGGAAGUGGCACGACGUCCAGCUGGAGCUGCGGGAUGUUCACAACGGGCGGGACUCACGCUACAUCAUUACUGUCAACCUGGACUUUGGGGUCUACCAGGACACCGUGGUUGUGGGGAAUGAGCUGCAUGGCCUGAAGGUGAAGCAUCUCCAUGUCGGGGGGAUCCCAGGGCCUGGCGAGGUGCAGGGUGGUCUGAAGGGCUGCGUGCAGGGCGUGCGCCUCGGGGACUCACCUACAGGGCUGGCAUUGCCCAAGCCCAGCAGUGCCCUGAAUGUGGAGGCAGGAUGCAGCGUGCCCAAUGCCUGUGAUGCCAGCCCUUGCCCAGCCAACAGCAUCUGCAGCGAUGAGUGGCAGAGCUACUCCUGCACGUGCCAGCCAGGGUACUAUGGAGGGGACUGCAUGGACGCCUGUCACUUCAAUCCAUGUAAGAACAAGUCAGUAUGUCGACGGCGGCCAGGUGCCCCCCUGGGGUAUGUGUGCGAGUGCAAAGGGAACUUCUUUGGGCAGUACUGUGAACACAGGAUGGACCAGCAGUGUCCCAAAGGCUGGUGGGGGAACCCGACCUGCGGGCCCUGUAACUGCGACAUCAACAAGGGCUUCGACCCUGACUGUAACAAAACCAAUGGGCAAUGCCACUGCAAGGACUUCCAUUACCGGCCCCAAGGCAGUGACACCUGCCUGCCCUGCGACUGCUACCCUGUGGGUUCCUCCUCACGCUCCUGCGACAAGGACUCGGGCCAGUGCCACUGCAGGUCUGGUGUGAUUGGACGCCAGUGCAAUAACUGCGACAGCCCCUUUGCAGAGGUGACACCAAGCGGCUGCGAGGUGCUCUACGACGGAUGCCCCAAGACCCUGAGAGCGGGUGUCUGGUGGCCGCAGACCAAGUUUGGCUUCUCAGCCCUGGUGCCUUGUCCCAAAGGUUCCUUGGGUUCAGCCGUCCGACACUGUGAUGAGGGGAAAGGCUGGCUGGAGCCAGACCUCUUCAACUGCACAUCGCCUGCCUUUAAGGAGCUCUCUGCACUGCUGCAGGGCCUGGAGAGGAACGAGACAGAGCUGAACACCAUUGAGGCGAAGAAGCUGGCCCUUCGGCUGCGCACAGUGACUGACCAGAUGGAGCGCUACUUUGGCAAUGAUGUCCACAUCACCUACCGCCUCCUGUCCCGCCUGAUGGAUUUUGAGAGCAGGCAGCAUGGCUUUGGCCUGACAGCCACCCAGGAUGCCCACUUCAAUGAGAACCUGUUGCAGGCAGGAAGCUCAGUGCUGGCACCAGAGAACCGUGAGCACUGGGACAUGCUGCUGCAGAGUGAACACGGCAGCGCUGGGCUGAUGGAGCAGCUGCGAGAGUACACGGGCACGCUGGCCAGCAACAUGAAACUCACCUACCUCAACCCCGUGGGCGUGGUGACGCCCAAUAUCAUGCUUAGCAUCGACCGCAUGGAGAACCACACCCAUGUGCGGAGACGCUACCCCCGCUACCACAGCAGCCUGUUCCGGGGCCAGGCCCUGUGGGACCCCCACACCCACGUGGUGCUGCCGCUUUCAUUGCUCACCCCCCUCAAAGCAGAAGUGGUUCCGACACCUGCAAGCAGUGAAGGGAAUGACACAAUGUGGACCUCGCCCCCCAGGCAGGCCCUCCCAGACCCUGAGCCUGCUGUCACCAUCAUCAUCCUCAUCAUCUACCGCACGCUGGGGGGACUGCUCCCUGCCCGCUACCAGGUGGAUCGCCGCAGCCUCAGACUGCCCAAGAACCCCGUCAUGAACUCCCCUAUCGUGAGUGUGUCUGUGUUCAGCAACCACACCUUCAUCCAGGGCACCCUGGAGGCACCACUGGUACUGGAGUUUCGCCUGCUGCAGACGGCCAACCGGAGCAAGCCCCUGUGCGUGCAGUGGAACCACUCCAGCCUGACUGACCCUUCCGGCUUCUGGACAGCGAGAGACUGUGACCUCGUGUACAGGAACACCACACAUGUGCACUGCCAGUGCUCCCAGUUUGGCACCUUUGGGGUCCUCAUGGACAGCUCCCACCGAGAGCAACUGGAGGGUGACCUGGAGACCUUGGCCAUUGUCACCUACUCCCUGGUGUCUCUGUCCCUCGUGGCUCUGCUGCUGACCUUCUUCUUCCUGACAUGUCUGAAGGGCCUCAAGUCCAACACCCGGGGCAUCUACUCCAACAUAGCUGCCACCCUCUUCUUCUCUGAGCUGCUCUUCCUCCUGGGCAUUAACCGCACUGAAAACCAGUUCCUCUGCACUGUGAUUGCCAUCCUGCUGCACUGCUUCUUCCUCUCCACCUUCGCCUGGCUCUUUGUCCAGGGCCUCCACAUCUACCGCAUGCAAACUGAAGCCCGCAAUGUCAACUUCGGGGCCAUGAGGUUCUACUAUGCCAUUGGCUGGGGGGUGCCUGCCAUCAUCACAGGACUGUCAGUCGGCCUGGACCCUGAGGGCUAUGGGAACCCUGACUUCUGCUGGAUUUCCAUCCAUGAUAAGCUGGUCUGGAGCUUUGCGGGCCCCAUCACCAUCGUCAUUGUGAUGAAUGGAGUUAUGUUCCUGCUGGUGGCAAAGAUGUCGUGUUCCCCUGGUCAGAAGGAGGCCAAGAAGAAGUCAGUGCUCAUGACGCUACGAAGCUCCUUUGUUCUGCUUCUAGUUAUUAGUACUACCUGGCUCUUUGGCCUCUUGGCUGUCAACAACAGUGUCCUGGCUUUCCACUACCUCUACACUGUCCUCUGCAGCCUCCAGGGCUUGGCUGUGUUGCUUCUGUUCUGCGUCCUGAAUGAAGAGGUGCAGGAGGCCUGGAAACUGGCCUGCCUUGGCAAGAAGGGGCAGAGUGAGGAGGCAGCCAGGAGUGCACAGGGCCCCAGUGCAUACAACAACACGGCGCUGUUUGAGGAGAGUGGCCUCAUCCGCAUCACCCUGGGGGCCUCCACCAUCUCCUCAGUCAGCAGCGUCCGCUCCGGCCGCACCCACUCCAGCCAGCGGGGUUACCUCAGAGAGAACAUGAUGGCGCGUCAGGGCUCUGCCCUGGAUCACAGCCUACUCGGUCACACCGGCCCCACGGACCUCGACGUGGCAAUGUUCCACCGUGAUGCAGGAGGAGAUCAAGACUCAGACUCGGACAGCGACCUCUCCCUGGAUGAGGAGCGCAGCCUCUCCAUCCCCUCAUCGGAGAGCGAGGAGAAUGUGCGUCUGCGUGGCAGGUUCCAGCGCCAGUUCAAACGGGCCGCACACAGCGAGCGUCUCCUCACCAAUCCCUCCAACACCACUCCCAAGGAUGUGGAUGGCAAUGAUCUGAUGUCCUACUGGCCAGCGUUGGGUGAAUGCGAGGUUCACCCCUGCUCUCUGCAGAAAUGGGGCUCUGAGCGGAAGCUGGGAUUCGACAUCAAUAAGGAUGCAGCCAACAACAACCAGCCAGACCUGGCCCUGACCAGUGGGGACGAGAACUCCCUCACCCAGACCCAGCGCCAAAGGAAAGGGAUUCUAAAGAAUCGCCUCCAGUACCCUCCAGCUCUGCAGGGCUUGUCAUCUGUGGGCAGAAUGACCAAUGAGCUCUCUUGGUACAAAACGUCCACGUUGGGUCACCGGGCUGUUCCUGCUGCUUCCUAUGGCAGGAUCUACUCAGGGGCAGGCAGCCUCUCCCAGCCGGCUAGCCGGUACUCUUCCCGGGAGCAGCUCGACAUGCUGAUGAGAAGGCAGAUGUCCAGAGAGCAGCUGAGCAGGAACAACUCGGGGGAGCGUUUGGAAGCUGUCCCCAGCAGGCAUGGCUCCAGGGAGCAGCUGGACACCAUCCCUAGUAGGCAUGGGUCUAGAGAACACCUGGAAAAUCUACCCAGCAGGCAUGGGUCUAGAGGGGACUUAGACACCUUAGCUACCAGGUAUGAUCAGAGCGAUCAUGGGAAUACACUUCCCAGGAGGCAGGGGUCUAGAGACCAUCUAGAUAUGUUACCCAGUAGGUUUGGGUCGAGAGAACAACUAGACUGUGGGCCAGUAAGAGAAGUCUCUAGGGAGUGGCUAAAUACAUUACCUAGUAGGCAAAUUUCUAGAGAUCGAAUGGACACUUUGCCAAGUCGAGACACAUCUCGGGAGCAGUUGGAUCUGCUUUCUCGAAGACGGCCUUCAAGGGACCAGCUUGCAUCAGCUAGGCAACCUUCAAGAGAGCAGCUGGACUUUUUAUCCAGAAGAUCUACUUCCAGGGAGCAUCUGGAUACAGUGCCCAGUAGGCAUCCAUCACGGGAAAAUUUAGAGUCUUUGUCUAGAAGACAGCCCUCCCGAGAGAACCUAGAACCUCUUUCUAGGAGGCAGUCUUCUAGAGAGAAUCUGGAAGCAGCUGCCAGCCAACACCCUUCCACGGAGCAAUUAGACAUCCUUUCUUCCAUCCUUGCUUCAUUUAAUUCCUCUGUCCUGUCCUCCAUGCAAUCCUCCAGCACUCCCUCUGGCCCACAGACCACGGCAACUCCUUCUGCAGUGCAGACCUCCUCAACACCUUCUGUGCCGUGCCCUUCCACACCUCGCUCUGCGACCUCCCACAGUAUCUCUGAGCUGUCGCCAGAUUCAGAUUAUGUUCGGUAUGGGAAACAUGAGCAAUGCUACCAGGCUUCUGACUGCCCUGAGGCGAGGGAGGGUGGCAGAAGGAGGGAGUGGUGUCUCAAAGAUCACCGUCAGGUAUUAAUAGCGGGGAGGAGAGUGCACGCUUCACUAGAGGGCUGUCAGGCACACGCAGCCACCAGACCCCACAGCAGCUCUGCCUGCACCAGUUCAGACAGAAGCUCGAGUAGGUUCAGAGCCAUCAUGAUGGAGCAGACGGAGCUGCGGUGCCGCUCGAGGGGCUACAAGGGGCUGAGCGAGGCUGAGAUAGAGGAGGUCGCACAGAGAACCCAGGCUCCCUCAUCCUCUAUCCGCAGCAAGCUCCAUAAGAUGAGAUGUUCGGGCGCUGUUGUAAAGUCCUUGCUGUUCCGGGUCCUGCCCUUCCUAAAAUGGCUGCCACGCUACCCGAUCAAGGACUGGCUCAUUGGGGACAUCACCUCGGGGUUCAGUGUGGGCAUCAUGCACCUGCCCCAGGGCCUGGCCUACGCGCUCCUGGCAGGGCUGCCUCCCGUCAACGGCCUCUACUCCUCCUUCUACCCCGUUUUCCUGUACUUCUUCUUUGGGACGUCUCGGCACAACUCUGUGGGCCCCUUUGCUGUCAUCUCUGUCAUGAUCGGCAGUGUGACAGACUUGAUGGUGCCCAGUGGCGACUUCAUGGAACCGGUCAAUGGUACCAACAACACGAUCCUUAAUGAGGCCAAGAGGGAUGCUGUCAGGGUGGAGCUGGUGGCUGCACUCACCAUCCUGGUGGGCAUCUUCCAGGUUGCCUUGGGCUUGCUGCAGUUCGGCUUUGUGGUCACGUACCUCUCGGAUCCACUGGUACGCGGCUACACUACUGCUGCCUCUGUCCAUGUGCUGGUCUCGCAGCUCAAGUAUGUCUUUGGGGUGCGCCUGGGCGAGCACUCGGGACCAUUGUCACUAUUCACGAGCUUCAUUGAGAUCUGCGCGAAACUGCCCCAGACCAACGUGGGCACCCUGAUCACCGCCCUUAUCGCCAUGUUUGUCAUCUUUGUCGUGAAGAUAUUCAACCACAAGUUCUCCUCCAAACUCCCCAUGCCCAUCCCCAUCGAGCUCAUCACGAUCAUUGUGUCUACGGGGAUCUCCUAUGGAGCUGACCUGACGAACAAGUAUGGGAUUUCCAUCGUGGGUGACAUCCCCAGUGGGUUGAACCCCCCGGUGGCCCCCAGGAUUGACUACUUUGCACGGGUGGUGGGCAAUGCCUUUGCCAUAGCAAUAGUUGGCUAUGCCAUCUGCAUCUCCUUGGGCAAGAUCUUUGCCCUGAAACAUGGCUACAAGGUGGACAGCAACCAGGAGCUGAUAGCUUUGGGGCUGUGCAACUUCCUGGGAGGCUUUUUCCAGUGUUUCAGUAUCAGCUGCUCCAUGUCGCGCAGCCUGGUUCAGGAGAGCACAGGUGGGAACAGCCAGGUGGCCGGUGUUAUCGCCUCACUUGUCAUCCUUGUAACCAUUCUGAAGAUUGGGGAGCUCUUCCAACAGCUGCCUAAAGCCAUCUUAGCUGCCAUCAUCAUUGUGAACCUGAAAGGCAUGUUCAAGCAGUUCACAGACCUCUCUACCCUCUGGAAGUCCAAUAAAGUUGACCUGCUGAUCUGGGUUAUUACUUUUGUGGCCACACUCCUGCUGAACCUGGACAUGGGGCUGGGGGUCUCAGUGGCUUUCUCACUGCUCACAGUCAUCUUCCGCACACAGAUGCCUCACUACUCCAUCCUCGGGCAAGUUUCUGAGACAGACAUCUACAGAGAUGUGACUAAAUAUAACAAGGCUGUGGAAAUCCCUGGUGUGAAGAUUUUCCGCUCUUCUGCCACAGUCUAUUUUGCGAAUGCUGAGCUUUAUGCAGAUGCCCUGAAGAAGAAGUGUGGCUUCGAUGUUGAUCGCCUCAUUGAGAAGAAAAAGAAAGCCCUCAAGAAACUGAAGAAGCAUCAGAAGAAAAUAGAGAAGGAAAAAGAAAAGAGGGAAAAAGCAAUGAAGAAAAAGAACCCAGACAGUGAUUGCAAUGGAGCUGGCAUCUCAGUGAUAGACAUCAAUGGAAGCGUGACAGAAUGGGAGUCCCAAAAUGGCAAUCCCCUGCCAGACCAUGGUGAACCCACCCUGGUGUCUCUUGGCCUCCAGAAGCCUGAGCUCCACACUGUCAUACUGGACUUCAGCUCUGCCAACUUUGUGGACUACGUCUGCAUCAAGAUCCUAAAGAACUUAUUCCGGGAUUUCCACGAGAUCGAAAUCGAUGUAUUGCUCGUUGGCUGUCAUGAGUCCAUCAUAACCCAGCUAGAACAAGGCAACUUCUUCAGUCAAACCAUCACCAAGCACCAGCUCUUUGCCUCAGUGCAUGAUGCUAUCAUCCAUGUCACCAAGCUGCAGGGAUCGAGUCCACCAGAGCCAGUUAUGACUUUUCCCAGCACUCAUCUGUAGCCAUCAUGGCAUCCACCCUCCCCAGAAGCACAACAGGUGAGAGGGAGCCAUCAAGGUAUGUUUCCAGAAGAUUAUUUGAGCUGGUUGAUGUUUGCAAGGGCAGGUGACAGGGAAGUCCUGCCAUCAAAGACCAAAGAUUGCCUGUUGCUGAGCAUCUGCUUCAGACCUUGGAAAUCUGGGAUCAUCUACCCUUGGGAAACCACUUCAGUCACCAGAGCAACUGGGAAACUACCUCAAAACCCUCCUUCAGCUGGGCAUCUGCUUGAUGCUGGAGAGACCUGGGAUCUCCUGGGCUCACGGCACAAGAUCUCCUACAACUGGGAAUCCCCUCAGACAUGGGGAGCUUGUCUGGCACCAUGUGUGUCACUUUUUUGGGGUGCAGCAUGAGGGGAAGGGAAGCUGCAUCUCUGACGUGACUGUUGUUUGAAUACAUGGUGCUUUAGAACAGCUCCACUGACUGUCUGGGAAACUCUCGACAGAGAGCAAUACUGAAACGCCAUGAAGUCUGGGUCCUGCCUAGCCACAUCCAUCUCCCCCAUUCCCUUCUCACUUGCCUCUCUUAUAUUGUGGUUAUCAUGACCACAGCCAGAAACUUGACUUAUUCACACAACAUGGCAAUGUACAGAGUUUUACUGAAGAGCAAGAAAACAUUCAGAUAAGGGGUCAUGCUUAGGGUUAUUUAUUAUCAACUCACUGUGGUGACUGAGACAAUCAUGAAAUCAUAUAUGCUAGGGAAGGAAAAAUGUAAUAGUUCAGCCAUAAGCAAUUGGUAGGGGGGGGCAUGUGCCCCCCCCUGAGAUUGGCCACUGCCGGCUUCUGCAGGCAGUCGCCACUCGCCUCUCCCCCCACCGCGACUGGCUUCUGCGAGUGGUUGCUGCUUGCCAUGCUGCCACCACCAGCUUCUGCGGGUGUUCGCCGCUUGCCACACUGCCAGCUUCUGCGGGUGGUCGCCGCUCGCCACCUCGCCACUGCCGACACUGUCGCUGGCUGCCGCAGGUGGUCACUGUACACCACCUCCCUCCACCGCUGCCACCGCCUUCUGCAGGCAGUUGCCACUUGCCACCCCACCGCCAGCACUGCCACCCACAAACUCUGCCCACCCCCCAGUCUUAGGAGGCACCAGUCACCCAUGAGCUCAGCUACACUCUGCAGCAACAUUUCCUACUGAGUAGUUUCAAGGGUAUACAGCUGGUAAAUAUAGGACUAGAAAUAUGUUUUUAACACUUGAAUAGCCUGUUUGAUCUGCCGCAACGUUUGCAGACACAGAAUUAGUUGUAAUUUUUCUGGUAUCUAUGCUUUAUUAAUGUUGCGUACCAAGGACUUAACUUAAUAACAUGAUCCUGAUUUGUUUCUCAAUAAAUGUGUUUUUACUCGAA